GCAUUUGAAACAACAACAUCCUACUCUGGUUUUGAAGACGAAAGAGUUUUUUUCUUCUAAAGCAGAAUCACUCAAGCCGAUGAGACUGAAUAAAAUGGGAAGUUAUCACACAGAAAAGAUUUUGUACUCCCAGCAGGUACUACAUCUGAAAAUAUAUUCAAUUCAAUAUCAAAUUUUGUUGAAAAAAAUGAUUUGGAUUGGAAGAAACUCAUUGGACUUUGCACAGAUGGCGCACCUGCAAUGACAGGUGGACGAUCGGGC